CGGUGGUGGCUGACUUGUGAGCUCCAGAGUCAUGUCGCACGAGAAGAGCUUCCUGGUGUCGGGAGAGCCUUUUCCCGGGCAGCAGCCGCCCCCCGUCCCACCAGGCUACGUCCAGCCUCCGUACCCGACUGCUCCGUACCCGCAGCCGUUCCAGCCCACAGCCUAUGGCCAGCCUGGCUACCCUCCCACAGGGCCCUACCCGCAGGGCCCAUACCCAACUCAGGGGCCGUACCCGCAAGGACCCUACCCACAGGGGCCGUACCCGACUCAGGGGCCGUACCCACAAGGACCCUACCCGCAGGGGCCGUACCCCCAAGGACCCUACCCGCAGGGACCGUAUGCCCAACCCAUUGCCCCAGAGGAUCAAGACUGUGGAACCAGGCCCCCUGUCUAUGUGAUCUGGAGAUCAGGCGGCGUGGCCUGCAGGAUUGCCCCCCUGCACAGCAACUACCAUGAGGACGGGCCUCCCUCCUACUACGACAACCAGGACUUCCCCACCACCAACUGGGACGACAAGAACAUCCGCCAGGCCUUCAUCCGCAAGGUGUUCCUGGUGCUGACCCUCCAGUUGUCCGUCACCUUUGCCUUUGUGGCUGUUUUCACCUUCGUGAAGGGCGUGAAGGGCUUUGUGCGGAGGAACGUCUGGACUUACUACGUCUCCUAUGCCGUCUUCUUCAUUUCCCUCAUUGUUCUCAGCUGCUGUGGGGAGUUCCGGCGGAAGCACCCCUGGAACUUGGUUGCCCUGUCCAUCUUGACCCUGUGCCUCUCCUACAUGGUGGGCAUGAUCGCCAGCUUCUACAACACAGAUGCCGUCAUCAUGGCAGUGGGCAUCACGGCAGUCGUCUGCUUCACAGUCGUCCUGUUCUCCCUGCAGACCAAGUAUGACUUCACCUCCUGCCGGGGGGUGCUGAUGGUGUGCCUGAUGGUGCUGCUGAUCUUUGCCAUCCUGUGCAUCUUCAUCCGGAACCGCAUCCUGGAGAUCGUCUAUGCCUCCCUUGGGGCCCUCCUCUUCACCUGCUUCCUGGCGGUGGACACCCAGAUGAUCCUGGGGAACAAGCAGCUGGCCAUCAGCCCGGAGGAGUACAUCUUUGCAGCCCUCAACCUCUACACAGACAUUAUCAACAUCUUCCUGUACAUCUUGGCCAUCAUUGGGCGCGCCAAGGAGUAGAAG